AUGCCGCGACGAACGUAUUCCUUCUUAUUACUUUUAGCUCAGAUCGUCGCUCUUUUCGAUGUUUUGAAGGGUGCUGUUUAUCCAUCGAUUCACUGGUCUCCGCAAAAUCCUCUGUAAGUCAAACAUUUUCUUUACUCAUUUGUGUGUAAUGAUUUAAUAAGAUUAAGCACGCAGAAUCAUUGGCUCUUCUUGAAUAUCACUCGCUGCCUUGUGGAGUUUCAUGUCCUUGCGCCAUGUCCGCGUUUCAUUUUCGUGUUUCUGUGAUUACAUUUUGACGGUUUGAGCCUCUGACACUAGUUGAUUGCACUCCCUAUAGAAAUAGCUCAAUUUUCUAUUGUCUUGUUCCAUAAUUACCUGUUUUGUGCGGUGCUUUUAUGCUGUUCGAUCGUAGGACAAUCAACGUUAUCAGAUCGAUCGCGUUCGAGGCAACUACUUCGUAAAUUUAUUGGCGGUUUCCCUUAUCUUCAUAUGUGUCGAAAGUUGCUGAUAACACAAUGGGGAAACUUGAAACUAGCGCUAUCGCGAUUGUAUUUCUUCAGCGUGAAUUGGGAAUGUCUCAUCUUUGUUUUACUUGCGAAUGGACAUGAUUCACACUGCAUUUGUUUAGUAUUUUUGUUGAAAUAAUAAUUUAGCAUUGCGAGAAUCCGCUCCUACAUGGUUUUAUCUCAGAUUGCCAAACAGAGCUGUCGUGAUUCUUUAUUGUUAUUUCAAUCCCUAGCUAUCCUUGUUAGCUUUUGUUUGGUUUCGCUCAUGUCGUGCGUUGUUUACAUUAGCCUUGCGUUCGGUUUUGCGUCCGCGGUGCAAUAUGUGCUUUGUCAAAAUAGAGUACACGAAACUUAACGCAUGAUAUAGUUUACUACUCUUUUUAGACAAGCAUAAUAAAAGUCUGACACGUUGUUAAUCAAUAUAAGACCAAUGACCUUUCCAAGUUCAUGGAACAGCGCAAACCCAGUGUGUUCAAGACGAGAGCAAGAAGAAGAUUUAAUAAAUUUGGCAUUCCUAAAUAAUGGAUGUGUACACAGUUUGUACUGCACUAGAAAUUCUUAAUUUGCAAGAUAUUUUCAUUCAGUGGAUACCGCAUAAUAAAAGUCGUGUUUUGGUUAUAAACGUAUUCAAAAGUCAUGGCAGUUUCAAAUAAAACAGCUGGGUAAACUAGAAUUCAGUUUAACAGUGAGGAAGACAGGACACAAAUGUAUCUAUUCAUGUUCAAACCAAGAAUAAACGCUGUUUAAGUUUCACAAUACUAAGAACACAAACCGGAAACUCUAUUUGCUUAUUUCAUAUCCUUAAAUCAAUUUUACUUUAGCUGCUUGACAUAAAUUUCCCUGGUCGGUUUUGGCUGUGUGAUUUCAAACAAAGACGGAUGACCUAUUGAAUUGUGCGAGAUGACCCAGUGCAAAUUAAGUUUAAUAAAAAUGCGGUCCCUCAGAACAAAAGAAGAUAUGGCGGUUUAAUUUGGCCAACGGUGCGCUCAAUACGAAGACGGUUGAUUAACUCAGCAGAUGCGAGACAAAGGCGAAACAAUUUUCACGUUGGACUUUUAGGGAUCUUUCUCAGGGGUAAUCCUGUUUGCGGAGAAAAUUACUCAGUCUGCAAACUCUAGGAAUUUUAAAUCCCCACAUAUUUUUCAGUUAUUCCGUUGCUGCAAAGGAUAACAACGUUGACUUGUCGACAUAACUCGAUUAUCACACGAAGAAGAUCAGAUCCACAGCCAAAAAUCACAUUAUAAAACUACAAAAUUGCGCUUAACAUUAGAGGAGAGAUGGCAAGGAUUGCCAUAACUUUUAUUGUAAGCAGAUCACCAAGAGAGAACAAGUCGCCAUAUUGAUAGCAGCACUUAAUUUACUAAUACGUACAAUCUACAUGUAUUUCUCCCGAAAAAGGGGACAUUUGAUAGUUAUUGUUAUCGAAAUUGCCCAAAAAAGAAUUUGACAUAAAAUUAGAACGUGAUGAAAUGAUAUAUGUUGAUGUUAGUAACCUAAUAUUGCAAUUCACCUCAAACCCCAGUCAACAUUUGUCAAAAUACGCGCGGAGAUAUAAGCUUGUUUGCUUUUUCCAAGUUCACUCUUGUCAGAGCUUUGAGAAAAACAUCCUUGAAUAUGGCGUCAUUAGACAGAUUUAAGAUUUUUGAGGAGUUUCCGAGCUAAAUUUGACACAGCGAGUACGUGUGAAAAUGCGAAUACCAUAUAAUUGUGAACACUCUGAACACCUUACAGGGGUAAUUGAUCUGAAUUUUCUUUUUCUCGUCACUCAACGAAAUCCAAACAGUUAGCAACCAGCUGACAAGAAGUACUUCUUAAAAUUCUUCUCCGAAAGAACUGACCUAAUUUUAAGGAAACUGAGGAGAUGAAUGAGAGACAGAGAGACUGAACAAUUCAAAAUAAACCCCUGUCUAGCACGUCCAAAUCACAACUUAAAAUGUUUACGAUAUGAAUGUCGGAUUGUUCUGUCGAACUAAUGUUGUCUGGGCUGACGUCUCGGCCGGAGUUCCGGCAGUCCGACUGUUACGAAAUGGAUGAACAUUUAUCGUUGGUGAGGUCAUGAGUAGGUUGUUGUACGGGGCUAAAUUACAGAAAUAUCUUCACGAAUGAGAAGGUAGAUUCGCAGCGUUCGUUUGUUCAAUGAAACGACACUCUUUCAGGAUAAUUUUAACUUAGACCCUCUCGAACUUAGCGCGCAAUCUUUUUAAUCUCGCGUGUACUUUGCGCAUCCCUAUUAAAGGAUUACAAAUAAAGGUUCUUUGAAAGGGAUAGUGUAGGUCAUGGAUCCGAUAUAAUUCAAGUUUUACGUCUAAGACAACUUUCCAGUGUAAGAUACGUGAUGGACAGUUGGAAGGUUUCCUACGCAAUAGAGAAAUGUCACUUUUUCCACUAGAGAAAAAGGUUCUUGAUUUUUAUGUAAUAAACUUUGAACGCUAACUUUUCUCAAGGGUUUUUUUUUUUUCACUCAUUUAACCCACAAACAAAAUAUAGUGAAGUUUCCUUUAAUGACCACUGGGUGGAGUGAUAUUAUCGACAUGAGCACUGCACAUCCAUAUCUGUGGAAAACCGAACCUUGUUGAGGCUUUUAGCCCGAGUAAUAACAUGCAUCUGUUUAUUUUCUUCCUCUAGAUUUAUCAGUCCUCUUUCAUUCCAAUAUGCAUCGUUUUCUUUUCACGGAAAUAAGUUGUAGCUCCAAAUAUUUCGCCAAUGGUAGGAAAAAGGGGGCUUCGCUGUUUUCAAUUCGUGCAAGUCGAGUGUGCAUCGUUUUCCUGUCACUCAUGAAUUAAAACAUGUCACAUUUUAAGUUAGAAACUUGAAUACGUUCUUGAAAGCGAAUGACCUUACCCUUUCGGAGAGCCAUAAAGGAGCAAGAGAUAAAAUCAUAUGAUAAUUAUGUGUUUUGGAAGAUAUCUGUCAAGACAGGAUUAACGAGGAAUACAGACUAUUUUCGGCUGAAGGGAUCUGAUUUCGUGCAUAUGGUUUCAAUUUGUCGGAGAAUUUCACAAAUUUGUAACCCCUUGGGUUGGAGCGAAGAUUCCAGGGAUGACCUUAAACUACAGUAAUUUCUAUUUAUGCAUCCAUUCCGAGUGAUUUUUUUCCUUCAAAAAAGGCGUUCUCCGCAAUGAUUAAAAAAGAAGAAAGAUACCGAUAUAACAAGUUUGGCCAUGUUCCUCUUUCGAUCAUAAGUGUUUAUGCGGUGGAUUUCACUUAAGAUUUCUCGCACAAUUUAGCCCCACUUCAAAGGUAGCAAAGUAGCCAAAAGACGUUCAAUAUCAGUUGUUUUUCCUUUUCGGCAAAAUAUUCCCAACCUUAUUUGUCAAGAAACAUCAAUAUAUUUACGAAGAGAAAAUGUUUUCGCGUCAUAUCUACAGGUGUGACUAUAUAAGUACGGCGGCGGAUUUGGUCACGCAUAUUGUCACAAUCUUGAUUUUCUUUCGAUCCGAGCUAAACAAUAUCGCUGGCGGUCUCUUUCUCUCCAUAUUACUAGUUUUGAAUGUUUCAACUUAACUUUCUCUUAAAAGUUAAACAAAUUCCGAGGUCUGUGUCUUUUAGACCACCAGCGCCUAUGUUUACACAGUUUUCAGUCUAGCAGGAUGUUUUUGCGGCCAAUUUGGAAAACAUUGUCGGUGUAUUAUUUGCGAAUAUAAGAUUAAAAAAAAUAUUUUAAAUGAAUGAAUGUAAUCAAUUCAAUCUCAGUUUCCUAUAUUUGUUUUGGUUUCUUCAGUUAUGUCUGAUUUUGGUGGCGUUGCGGUUUUCAUUGCUAGGGGUACGGAUAAAUUUCGGUCUUCAAACGUUAUAAGAUACCUGUCCGUGAGGAAGGCUGUUUUACUGAAAUUUCCAGACCUCGCAGGUUCUCCUAGAUGUUAAUUACAUCAAUGGAUUUUCUCGCGUGAUUUUCAUGGACAGAAGUAAUUGGUUAUCAUGGUUAUCUCAUAUCACGCCCAUAAAAGGGGUUUCGGGAAAGCAUAGGAAAACUUUCAGGAUUUGUUCUGGUUUGGUGUUUUUUCUCAUGUGUAAACAAAAAAAACCGACAAUAAUAACGCGCCUUGUCGGAAAAUUGGAUCCUGCCCCCUUAAAACCACAUCUGUUUUUCCAUCAAAAUCCUCGAUGGGGCCUAAUUAAUUUGCAGAAUACGAAAUAUUUUAUGUUUUUGGAAUAGCAGACAAAUUAGUCUUUCUUUGCUCUCCCGCAAAGGGUUUUCAACGCCAGCGAGUAAUUGAGUUAAGUGGCACAGGCAUAUGGCAUAUACGUUACACUUCUGUCAUUCAUGCGCAUAUCACAAUAUAAUUGUGAAAGACUCGACAUGCCCCCUCAUUGGUCGGAAAUUACGUUUAAAAAAAAGGAAAGAAAGCGUGUGAAAAACAAAUGGUUCAUUAAACUCUCCCUACAGCAAAUGCCUUGAACUUUUCGGCGCACUUUAUAAAUUCUGUUUUGUAACCAUUUCGUAACGUAAAAGUGGAAGCAUGUUUGACGCAUUUAAUGAGUUGUUAGCGUCAUAAUACGUACAGUAAAGGAUAGAGAGAGUGCAACAAACAAAUGGUUUCUCAAUUCCCCCAUCAUUCCACUCUACAGUCCCUUUCAAUAAGCACUUCGAAAAAUUACAAAAUAUCAGAGUGUACUCUUUUUAGUAACAUCGUCCGACCUCAUUUCCUCCGCCCACCCAUAAGUUACACCCGUUUACCUUGAGCAGAAAAAUUUUUGUUCUCUAAUUUGUCGUAACCUCUAAAGCACUCUAUAUUUCGGGCCCUCAUAUAGAGACAUCGUCCGUCCGCCUUUUCAAUACAUAGAGAACAAAACAUACUAUACAAAACUUAUAUCUGGGAAUAGAACUUAAUUAUGUUCCUCACCAAUUUCUUGACGUAGUUUUCUUGUCUCAAUAAUUUCUAAGUAGUUUUUUUCGCAUUAGACUAAUUUAUACUUUCAAACCAAAACCACAGUUUUCGAAUUUGAUCCACUUUUUUUAAACGUACGUGGCCCUCAGAGGUUCUAGGAACGGCUUUCUUUCUGUUUGCAUUUUCUUUUUGUCGUUGCCUGAAGAACUAAUGUAUGUGCGUGUUGUCAGUUGUUUAUUUUUCUGAUCAUUCUCCUCAAGGGUUCUUGAAUAUAUAGCUGAUUUCCGUUGAUUUUCUUAUUUUGCCAAUAUUGUCUAGUCAUUUGGAUAGCUCAUAAGUAUGAGCUCCACCUUGAUAAAGUUUCUUGCAUUUCAUUAUAAUUCUAAUUGUUUAAACAUUUUUGUUUAACCCUCUUUUAGGUUUGGCAAUGGUGACAGCGUUCUCAAUGUCCUUCCGAUGUCCAAGCUUCACAUCGUUUGUCCAAAUCCGUCCACAGUCUUGAAAAAGGUUCGAGACAAUACGCCCAAAGACAAACUUUAUGAAAAUGUUUGGAUUGUGUCACGCGACAAUUAUGACAGCUGUAGUACAGACUCUUCUAAGGGGAGUAGGCUUCUUCAACGAUGUACCACCCCCCUGGCGCUGAAGUAUUACACUCUGGUGUUUCAGAGGUUCAGCGCUGUGUCAAGCCAGGUGUUCAAUCCAGGCCGAGAAUAUUAUCUUAUAGGUAUGUUUUCCAUCGAAUAACUCAAUUUUAGGUACUUUUUUCACGCCUCAGUCAGUGGAGGUUAGGGUUAGCGUUAGGGUUAGUGUUAGGGUUUCUUGAGUUAGACUAGCAGCCCUUCCAGGCAGAAUGGCAUUACUCUUUAUUGCAUUAUUAUGCGGAAAUCGGUAAAAAGCUUCGAUGGAAUGGAAAAGUUCAUAGCAAUAUUAACUGCUACAAUACUCUGUAGUUUCGUGAUUUACCUUUAUUCUACGAAAUCAAACUCCUGGAAGUGGAAGACUUUUAACACCGGUAAAAAAACCAAUAAUUUUUUCAAAAUGCCUUUUUUGUUUUGUUUUUUACUUUAAAUCAUCGCUGAAGACAUUUGCAAUGUUAUGCUGUUCGCAUUUCAGCGACUUCAGAUGGCACGCAAGGUUCAAUAGACAGUCGAUCAGGAGGAAACUGUAAACACAACAAAAUGAAACUACGGAUAUAUGUUUGUAAAAACACUAAAGGUGAGAACCUGUAGUUAGUGAAAAGUACUGUAGAAUAAGAGACAGACCAGUGGCGUAUGUGGGCAAGCCUCAGUAAUGUUUUAAAUGACCUAAAACUUUAUUUUCUACAUGCUGAUACGUUCAUGCAGAAUUUUUCUUUUUCCUUAAAACGCAACAUUCCUGGCCAAUAUGUUUUCACCUUUCAGAAUGUGAUAUUUGAUUUGAUGAAAAGAUAUAUGCUAAUUUGGAUAUCGUUUAUUAAACGUCUGACGAAGUUUAAAGUGGAACAAUAGAACGGGGAGUUGCGUUUCUGACAUGAAGGGUGACGAGAUUCUUAAAAACUGUUGCGUCCGAAGAUGACUUUUGCUGUGAUAGCCGAAAUUUCUAGACCUUUUUUUACUGGUAGUUUACCAAGUUUGCAUGGUGUCCAUCGCACCAGCUAUACGUUACUAAUGUUGUUAUCGUUUUUCUUUUUUUUCUUUCUUAAGAUCCCCGAUGCAACCGAAAACCUACAACCACUGCUACUAAAGCUCCAACGACUUCAACUACAACUUUAAAAUCUACCAUUCCAUCUACGACUACAAGCUCCACAACCACUUUUCAAACCACUAAUUCAACCACUACGAAUGCGCCCACUGAGAAGGUCACGUUGUCAACAAGAACAACAGGCACCAGCGAAUCGUCCACAAGAACAAAAGCUGCUGAAAAACCGGCCACGACUACAGACGCAAGUGUAGUUGGUCACCCAGUGAAUGCUGAACUGAGCAGUCCUAUAAAACCAGGUAAAAGAUAGGGCUCUCCAAUAAGUGCUUCAUUGCCAAGCUUCGUCGCCAGAAAUAUAACCUUCCGAUUACUGGUGCGGAUGUCCGAGUGUCUAAGCUGUAAUGAAUUUCCUUCAGACUGUUGCCAUGAUGCAAUUAUACCCAAAAAAAUUGAGAGGAUCCGUUCAGUUCAAAUGGUCAGACGUUUUGUCGAGAUUAAAAUUCCCCCAACUAGUCGCAAAUCUGGCUCUCUUAAUGUUAAAUCUUAGCACUCUUCGUACGGUUUCACACCUAUUCCGCAUGUACUUUCGUAUACACGUGAAAGGCACGUGAAAAUCAUUUGGAAAAAAGAAAAGGGAAAGUAUUAUCCUUUCACACAGUGUUUCACCUGCCUUUCAAUCAGUUCUUGAGGGCGUACAUGUGAUAAACUUGCACUUGCGUGAGCACCGAAGAGCGUUGGCAGUGAUUUGCGGCUGAACUAAACCCGAAUUUUUAAACGGAGGCCUCCCACAGAGUACGUGCAUAAACACCAUUCACACGUGAGGUCUGACCAAUGUUAUAUUUGUUCAGUUUCAGAACUUAAUUGGACGAUCAUGAUUCCUUUAAUGGCCUGCCUUCUGCUGUCGAUCAUGGUGAACAUUAUUUUGUUUUGCCGUCUGAAAAAACGAAAACAGGGAUAUGAUUUAGAAGAGAGGAAACCUAAAAUGAUUGAAGCAACUUCAGUAAAACGCCAAGAGAAGGACAGAAUAGAACCACGAGUGGAAAGAACUUGGUUACUAUGCAGACGAUCGGCAGACGUCACAGACGUGUGA